AAAUGUUUUAUUGUGGGCUUGUGGCGAUCAUUAUUUAUAGAAACGACAAGCGAUAGUUUUUAAAAUGGGAGACACAGAAGCACAUGGUAAUUCUAGUAGCGAUUCCAUUCGAGUUAUUCUUCGCAUUCGACCACCAGCAAACAACUCUGGCAGUCUAGUUUGCCUAAAAGUUUUACCAGAUUCCGAAAUCGUGUUAACGCACGGGAAAUGCACUUCGAAAGAUUUUAAAUUUGAUCAUGUACUUGACCAAGACGCUUCUCAGGAAUCAGUGUUCCAUGCAGUUGGAAAGAGAAUCGUGGAAGGCUGUGUUGAGGGUUAUAAUGGAACUAUAUUUGCUUAUGGUCAAACAGGAUCAGGCAAAACGUUUACCAUGCUUGGACCAAGUGAAGAUUUUGACUCGCAUGGUGUUAACAAAAUGAACGGAGUCAUACCAAGAUCCCUGGAAUAUUUAUUUCAACUUAUUAACCAGAAACAAGAAAUGCACGGAGAAAAAGUCGAGUUCCUAUGCAAAUGUUCUUUCUUUGAAAUAUACCAAGAACAUAUUUAUGAUUUGCUUGACACGGGUGCUGUGUCACCUUUACAACUCCGUGAAUCUUUGAGCAGAGGAGUCUUUGUUGACCAUAUAAUUGAAACAGUUGUUGCUUCUGUAUCAGAAGCAUUCAUGGUCCUCAAAUCUGGUUGGAACAAUCGUCAUGUAGCUUCAACUUCCAUGAACCGUGAAAGUUCACGAAGUCACGCAGUGUUUACAUUGUCGAUUGAAACCAAAGACAAAACAGGUGAAGUUACAAAAGUACGAAGAAGUUUACUUAAUAUGGUGGAUCUUGCUGGUUCUGAACGACAGAGAGAUACUGGGACUACUGGGCAAAGGUUAAAAGAAGCAGGGAACAUUAACAAGUCUCUUAGUGUGCUUGGAAACGUCAUGAUGUCACUUGUUGAUAUUGAGAACGGAAAACAACGUCAUGUCCCAUACAGAGAUUCAAAACUCACAUUCUUGUUAAAAGAUUCCGUUGGUGGAAAUGCACGCACAUGUCUUAUCGCAAACAUUCAUCCAAAUUCAAACUUCUACGGCGAAACGAUCACCACUCUACAGUUUGCUCAGCGUGCAAAGAUGAUAAAGAACAAAGCACGUAUAAAUGAAGACAUGCAGGGGGAUAUUGUGGCUCUGCAGAGUGAAAUAAAGAGGUUGAAGAUAAUGCUUUUAAGAUCGGAUCCCAAGGUCACCCCUACUUCACUACCAGAAAAACUUUUGGAAAGAAAAUACCAGGAUUUAUUCUUUGACGCGAUGUUACUUUGGAAACAGGAUAUUAUUUCAAUUGAAGCAAUGAAGUUACAACUAGAUGCAAAGGAAGCACUGGUUAAAAGGGGGAACAAAGCUUUACAGUCAUCAAGAAUGAUCAUAAAGUUUCGUGAUUUAACCAUAACUCGCAUGAAAGGAGCGUCUACUUUAUUGAAGGAUGAAUUGGUGCAGAUGCUUAACAAAGAACUUGAAGCACUGCGUGAACAGGUUUUCAACCCAAGUGAGGAUUCACUUCAAUCAUCCAAAGUGAAAGAAAUGGAACUAACUAUUCAACAAAUGCAAGCACAGGAAGAUUACAGGACCUAUUUUAAGAUAUCUGAGGACAAAAGAGAAAAAUUAUUGAAAGAAUUUGAUCUAGCCAUGAAAGAGAGGUCAUCAGAAAUACAAGAUUCUUCAGGCAACUUAAGAUCUGCAGCUGAGUUCAGUAAAGAAGUCACAAGGUUAAAUAACGAAAUAAGAAAAUUGAAUGAAACUAACAACAAUGGAAAACAUGCCUUGCAGAAAAAGAUUGAAGAGUUAGAAGCUGAGCUUGCGGGAUCGAGAAAAGCAAGGGAGGAUCUUGAGAAGAUGUUGAUGGCUGUUCAAGAGGGAUCAAGGAUUAAAAUUAAACGUCUUAACUCUGUCCAUGACUCUGCUAUUAGGACCAUCACAACUCCACUUAAAAAUCAGGACCAGAAUCGUAAACGCUCAAGUUCCAGUGAUAGGCCACCUAGUGCUCGUAAAAUGUUGAAAUCAAAUGACGGCGAUGCUGUGUUCAACUUGUUUAAUGGAAGCUUUUCAAAAAAAGAGACAAAUUUCCUGGACGAGACGCUCGACGACCGAGACGAGUUCGGAUCAACUGCGCUAAAAGUUGAGCUUGAAUGGGAAAGGGAGGAUAAAAUAAAGGUGGAAAAGCAAGUCCAGGAGCUUGAGAGGGAGUGUGGAAGGCUGAGGGAACAGCUAACCGUGAUUGAGAAGAAAUUUUCCUAUUCAGAAGAGACAGUGACAACUUUGAAAUCUGACCUCACAAUAAGAGACGAGAAUCUUAAAACUAAAGUUAGCGAACUUUCGAAGGAGUUUGAUCAACUUUCCCAAGAUAAUAAAUUGAAAGAAGAAGAAAUAUUUGAUCUUCGUAUUAUGUUGAACUCUGCAGAUAAACAACUUCGUGAAUAUAAACAAAACCUUUCUGAAACAAAAGGUUUAUCUAAAGAGGAAUUCACAAAACUAGUGACCACCAACAGCCAGCUAAUGAUAGAAAUGGAAGGAAAAAUCACUGAAGCUGAAAGUUUGCAGCAUAAUGUCGAGAAGCUGAAUGAACAACUGACUACAACGACUGAGGAGCUCGACUAUGCAAAUGAGAGGCUCCGUGAAGCUUCUGCACUUGUUAGGUUGAAGCAGGAACUUUGCGACAAGUCAGAUCUUCAAAUUAAAACCCUCAAAGAACAGAUGCAACAGCUUAAUGCUUUGCAUGAGGGAAACAACCAAGAGAAAGAAGAAACAUUUAAACAACUACAAGAGGAAAACUUUAGUCUUCACUCUAAACUUGCAUCUGCUGUUGAACAGAAUGCAGAGUGUCAAAAAUCGAUAACCGAAUUCAAAAGUGAUUUGGAACUGCUUGAAAAGGCUGCCCGUUAUGAUAAGGAUAACAUCACCUCAUUGCUGAAAGAAGUAUCAAAACUUAAAGGCAACCUUGAACAAGAAACCACCACAUGUGUUGGCCUACAAGACGAACUAACGAGUUGUAGAAAUCAACUGAACGAUUUUACUAAUGAAAUGAAUCAAAAUUGUGAAAAGAAUGAAUUACUUGAAACAAAACUGAAACAAGUGUCAGCAGAACUGGAAAGCUCAACUUUGAAACAUCAGUUUGAGUUGGAGAACCUCCAGGAUGAUCUUGGGAGCCUCACGGACAUAAACACCGCUCUUGAAGAGGACCUCCGGAAGAAAGAUGAAGUACUUACCUCAAACGUGAUGUUGCAUGAAGAGGAGCAAAGGAAGAUAAGGAGGGAGGUGGAGGAGCUCCAGGAGCAAGUGAGAGAUCUGAAGAAGAAACUGGAGGUUGCGAUCCAGGAUCAGGAGAAUCGUGGGUUGGAUGAAGCAUUGAGACUUCGUCUUGAAGGAGAACUUGAUGAAAGAAACAAACAGUUCAAUGAGAUGAGCGAAAACCAAGAUGAAAUAAUGAAGUUGUAUAACUCGACUAGAGAAAGGUGUUCUGCAUUUGAGGAUCAAAUUAGAUUCGAAAAAGAACGACUCCAAGCUACAGAACACAGAGGUCUUUUACUUGAAACAGAAUUAUCAACCGUGCGUAAUGUGAACUCUGCCUUUAAUGAGGAUAUUUCAAGAUUACACCAGGAAAAUCAGACCUUAAAUGAAGAGGUUGGAACAUUAAAAGAUUCUGAGGUUUCUCUAACAGAGAAGCUUGAGCGUCUUACAGCAGAAAAUGCAAAGUUACACACCGAAGCUGCGGUGCUAGCAGGCCACUCGAACCACCAGCAAAAAAUCCAUUAUUUGACCCGACUCAAGGACGAUCUUUUAACGGUGACUAAUGAAAAGAACAACUUACAAGAACAGUGUGCGAAACUCAACGAGGAACUCAGGAAAUACAAACACAAUAGCCUUUUACAAGUCAGGAGAUCUCAUUCCCCAAGCCAGAAGCUGUGUACUCCAUAACAUUACUCCUAUUGCUGUUAAUUUCCCGGUAGGACGAAAUCGAGACGGGCUGCAUCCGAUCGCUUAUCACUGCUGCUGCUGCUAUUGUAUCGUGUUUUGGAAAAGUUUAUAACGCGUUGUGCUUGAAAAUUGUUAGUCCGU